AUGGCAUCCACAACUCUUGUCACUUUCCUGUUCGACUGCCCGGCUGCUUCUCGCACCAUAGAACUCCUCGGGUCUUGGGACAAUUUCUCGAGAGCAUAUCAUUUGAAGCGAGACCAGCGAAGAGGCCUCAACAUCUGGUCUGGUUGCUUUACUUUCGAGGACAUAUUUUGUGACGGGGAUCUCAGCAACCUUGGAAGAAAGAGAAACGGAGCAUUGAAGAUGGGCGGGACCUACUGGUACUAUUAUAAAGUGGACGAUGAUGAGGAGCACCACAACCCCUCGGAGCCAUCAACAACAGUGUGUCCUCUACUUCCUGGUCAGCGUCUUAACGUUUUGGAAGUCCCUACGGAGUCGAGGGGUAGGAGUGAUUCGUCGAGCUCAGCAUCCAAAAGUGUUUUUACGCGGAAUCCAAACGACAAAUACUUAACGCCCGUACCACCGAAACCUCUGCCUUCUCCACGUCUAGGGGAUCUUUGCAUAGAACCCUACUCAGUCUCCACGCAUUCACUCGGGGGGCCACGGUCUGCCAGAUGCCCUUCUCCAAUGCACUCAUUGUCCUCGGGUUGGGAACGACAUGUCCGGAGCGCAUCAACAUCUCCGAAUCUAGCAUCAAACGCCGUGUUCUCGGAUUUCCGAGGCCUGAAGGACAAAUUUACAAGUUCUAAACGAUCAGCAUCCAGCGGCCGUCUACCAUGGAAUAUAAGAGAUGUACAAAUCGGGGCGCCAACACUCAUCAGCACCACAGCAGAAGACAUGAAUCUGGUACCGUUAUCUUCGCGGCCAGAACCUCAGACCUCGUCAUCUUUACCACUCCCUGUAGCAGAGAGGAUGAAGGAGUUCUCCCCACUUGGGUCCCAUCCCGUAGACCCUCUUACGGACUUUGAUUUUGGAUUCUCAGACACAACCUCGAAAGCAGAAGAGUCGCAAUGUAGACGGCCUCGUUCACAUGUGCCGCGAGGCCGUGCUCGAGCCAAUUCGUCUGAUACGAGGAGAACAAAACAUUACGUUUAUCCGAAUGAGCCCUGGCUGUCUUCUCCGGUUCUUUGUCAGAGUCCGGAAGCAGAGAGAGUAGCUUUUAAAUUCUUACCGGUACCACAGCAACCGCAGCGGCCUACUUCUAGCCAUGGGAGUGAUCGUAGUCUCAGCCUACACCAGUCACCUCUGCUCAACAAAAACAAAGACCUACCCGCCUUACCUCGGUAUUUGGUUCCUGCUCCACUAUUCGCAUGCAACGAGAAUGGAGAAGAAGAAACCCAUCAACCCCAUGUAACCGUAAAUACGGAUAUCAGCAGCCAUUUCUCUGUCUGGAGCACCGGAUCCGCUACAUUCAGUUCUCCUGCCUCGGACUCCGACAUCAUUCACUCUCCGACCUUCAGUUCCCUGACCAGCGAAUCCAGCGAAAUCGAUACACCACAUCGCUUCUCCAACCACUUCCUCCAUGGGGAGCAAAUCUACCCCAAUAAGCACCAAGACUCCUCGCUGGUAGAUACUGCUGCCGAAGAGGCCGUAGAUCAUCGCGAUAUCCCGCAACCCAGCACCCUCACCCUCAAUUCCAACUUUGACAAUCAUCCUGUUCUACAUCUUGACGUUCCAUCAUUUGGCCAAAGUCUUUUCCAACUCGACAUCCACCACUCCGACACCGGGUCACGGCGGCAAGCUGCUUGUUUCGGACUCUCGGGAUUCCAGGGGUAUAGCCUUCCGAACGAAGAGAAUGCGUCGCAAUGCACAAUUACAAAGCUCAAGACCAAGGAGACCCCAGAGCCUGAGAUCAAUACGACGCCGAGGACCUCGGUGAGUCAGUUGUCAAGACUGAUGAGUGAUUUUGGGUACUUGGGUGAGGCUGUGGUUUGA